CCAAGACGGUGCGUUUUGGCGGGCACAUCAAUUGUAUCGUCUGUUCGUCCCUACCCCAUAGUCAACGAUAUGUCAGACUCCAAAAAGUGGGAAAAUUUUCCCCAAUGAGGAGGAAAAAAAGGAAUAUUGCGUUUUUUGUUUGCUUCACCCAGAAAGUUGAACUGGACAAUGGAGCCAUUGUUGCAGAGUUCUCAACCAUGGGUUGAAAAAUUACCUGAACUCUAUAAGUCUAGGGUGCUGGAGCUAAAUGCGAGUGAUGACUGUGGGAUCAAUGUUGUUCGGACAAAGAUAAAAAACUUGGCUUCUGUGGCUGUGGGUAUGGGUCACCCUUGCCGGCCAUUCAAGAUCAUCAUUCUUGAUGAAGCAGAUUCAAUGACAGAGGAUGCACAGGCAUGUUUGGUUUCUAUUCCUUCCUUCCCUGGUCGUAUACUUUGCGAGAAAUUCUACAAUACAACGGGGAUAUCAGCUGAUGUGAUACUCAAAGCUUCUCUCUCCUUCCCGUCUACAGUUUACUCUUUCAUCUCCUCAGCUCCUCAGUUUUCUAUCUUCCCCAAAUCUCCCCACUCCUCUGCAUAAUUUCUCAUCUAUGAUAUCAAAUAGAAAAAGGAAAUAAUUUUUAAUUUGUUUCUAUUCAUCAAUUGUGCCAUUUUGAAUCAACUCUCAAUUUAGUA